AUGAAGCUCUCCAUCCUCAUAUUCAUGCUCUGGGCAGCCAUUACCCUCAGCUACGUCAUUCCAGGAGAAGACCCUACCAACCUGCUAUCUCUCAGAUCCCCACAAAACAAAGCAUCAUCGCCACCACCAUACACAAUACACUCACCCUCAGCGCUCCUGAAAGACCGAGCCGCUUCGACAAAGACUCUCGAAAGUCGGCAAGACACUACAACACCACCUCCAACUUCGGGUCCUCAGAAAUUCUCGAUUCCGCAGAUAUUCGCUAUUUGCUUUGGUUGUGUGAUGGGGGCUACGGUUUUAGGGUGCUUGCUGUGGAUUUGCUUUUCAAAGAGAGAUUAG